AUCUUUGGGAAGGUGAAAGCCCGGGAACUCACUCCUCAAUGGCGCUGCUGAGCCCUGGGCUACAGCAAUGGCCGCCGCUCGCUGGCGGAGUCCGGCGGAGGAGGAGGGCAUGCUGUUCCGCCAUCGCGGUUGAUUCACCGUCGCCGCUAGCCGGCGUGUCGAGGAUCCGUUGGGGCUCGAGCAAGCUCCAGGGCCCCCGGUCUGAGAUGGAGGACGAUCUCGUCCUCCGAUCCGAUGCCCCCGCCGGGUUCUCCUUCGCUGCUGUCUUUGAUGGCCAUGCUGGCUUCUCCUCUGUUGAAUUUCUCAGGGAUGAAUUAUACAAGGAAUGCGUUAUAGCUUUGGAUGGUGGGUUACUGUUGACUGGCAAGAAUUUUGAUGCUAUAAAAAAUGCACUUCAGAAAGCUUUUGAUGCUGUCGAUUCAAAACUGUUGACCCGGCUUGAAAGUUUGGGGAAAGAAGAUGAUUCCGGUGCAACUGCUACAAUCAUGUUUGUUAGGAAUGACAGUUUGAUCAUUUGCCAUAUUGGUGACUCAUGCGUGGUAUUAUCUCGGAAUGGAAAAGCAGAAGUGCUAACCAGUCCACAUCGGCCUUAUGGAAAUAACAGAGUGUCACUUGAAGAAGUUAAGCGAAUUAGAGCAGCUGGUGGAUGGAUUGUUGAUGGACGAAUUUGUGGAGACAUUUCUGUAUCCCGUGCUUUUGGUGAUAUACGCUUCAAGAGGAAGAAGAAUGAAAUGCUAGGGAAAGGAGUUGAGCUGGGGAAAUGGUCACAAAAAUUUGCCUCGCGAAUAAAAUUUAAAGGAGAUUUGGUAACUUCUUCACCAGAUAUCUAUCAAGUAGAACUUGGAACUGAUGCAGAAUUCAUAUUACUAGCAUCUGAUGGUUUAUGGGAUUACAUGAAAAGUUCCGAAGCAGUAUCCUUUGUUAGGAAUCAACUGCGUGAACAUGGGGAUGUCCAGCGGGCUACUGAAGCGCUCGCUCGUGCAGCUUUGGAUCAACAAUCCCAAGACAAUGUUAGCAUAUUGAUAGCCGAUUUGGGGAAGACAGAUUGGCUGAACUUGCCAACUCAGGGACCCAACGUUUUUUUGGAAAUAAGUCAAGCUUUUGCAACAGUUGGUAUUGUGUCCUUAGUGAUCUGGAUGUCAUCUUUCUUAUUGAUAUGAAUUGUAGCAAGUGAAAUGUAAAUAAUGUUUCUCACUCGUAUUUGUACAUGUGUAAAUUUACCCGCCUAAUUAUAUUUGUCAAAAUUUCACAGCCUA